AGCGCGCACGCGUUUUUGCCCCGUCCUCGGCCGCAGUCAUGGCUGCCCCGGUCGCUCCGUUUGAUGAAGACUGGCAGGAUUUUAACGAGUUCAAAUCGGCCGAAAAGCCGCACAGCUGGACCGCGGAACCGGAGGAUUCACCGGAGAUCCCCAGCUUCACCUCCUUUGAGGAGAUGCUGAGCGCGAGCUUCCCGCUCUCCAACAACAACGAGUGCACGAGCGUCUGUGUGCGCGCCGUGAGCGAGCGCGAGCUGCUGCGUGACGACGAGAUUUGGAAUGCUCUGACAGAGAAUUAUGGCAAUGUCAUGCCAGUGGAUUGGAAAACCUCUCACACUCGUUCACUGCACCUCCACACACUGAACCUCCGACCUCAAGAGCCGGUGGAGGUCAGUAAUCUUGACGUUUCUGAUGAUGAAGAGCUCAGAGAUCAGAUGGACAUGCACACCAUCAUCAUCUCCUGUGUGAACGAGGAGCCGCUGUUUACUGCAGAACAGGUUAUAGAGGAGAUUGAAGAGAUCAUGCAGCAGUCUCCAGACGGCGAGGAACAUGAGAGUCCAUCCCAGUUUGACCUCUCCAUGAUGUCCCAUGACUUGAACACACUCACACAUUCGACAUCCAGCAGCAGUUAUGAGGAACGGUUACGUGGUCUGUGUGUGUCUGAGCUUCUGGAGCAUCUGGAGGAGGUGGAGAGGCAGAUCCGUGGUUUCUCAGAGGAGUUGAUUGAUCAUCUAGCUGUGAGGGAGGAGCUGGACUUCGAGAAGGAGGUGAAGAACACAUUCAUCUCGGCUCUCAUCGAUGUGCAGAACCGACAGAAAGAACAUCGAGACUUGCUGAAGAAGAAGAGGAAGAUGAAGACCACAGCGGGUGUCCAGAGAUCUGACCGCUCACACGUGCCGGGAACCUAUUUGACGACAGUGAUCCCGUAUGAUAGGAGUAAUGGAGCCCCAUCUGUAGAAGAUCUGCAGAUUCUGACCAAGAUUCUUCAUGCCAUGCGAGAGGACAGUGAGACAGUUCCUCCUCUUCUUACCGACUACAUUCUCAAAGUGCUGUGUCCCACUUAAAGUUGUGGAGCUGAAUACUGGCUCAUUUCAUCGGUACAGAUGACAUCUAUUCGUCUGCACCUGCAGAUGAUAUUCCUUUAUAAUAAUGCACAGAAUUUACCCCAAGUGGCAUUUAUUUGUUUAUCUGAAUGUGUUUUUUGUUUUAUGUCGAUUUCAUCAAGUGUGCAAGCUAGAUUGCAGGAUUUUAGUUAGUUAGUUUUUGUUUUUUUGCAGAAUGACUCUUUAUUUCCUAAUGCAGUUCAUGUAUCAGUAUCAGUGUUGUACCAUUUCCUCUAUUUUAGUUUAUCUUUUAGCACAGUGGAGCUAUUGUGUAACAUGUAGUAGUAACACAUUUACAUUGACAUCAUAUUCAGAUGAGUUGGUUUUCAGCUGCAGGUCUUUGCUGUUUUCUUGUCUGGAUGUAGAAAUUCUCUCUUUGUCAUUCUUUCCAUCAUACGAGUGGAACAGUUUUUAGGAAGUCUUUAGCAGCUGAUGGGCUUUCUAAUAAUCUGAAAGCAAUGUUUCCAGCCAAGAUUGAAAAAAUGGUAGGGAAGUCAUGUAGUGUGUAUAGCUGUUAAUUCAUUUUAAAGGUUAUUAUAAUAUCAGCACAAAAGCCUCAUGUCUUUCGUCCAGAGUUGAACAGAUUAAUCUACAGCAGCACUUAAUGAACAACACAUUUUUGCUAGGAAUAUUUUUGACUUGUACUGUACUGUCAAACUCUUUGAACAGCUCUGGGGUUUGCGCUUCUAAAUUCUCAAUAACAGUAUUAAUAUUAUUUUAAUGAGUGAAAAGCAGUUGCUCAGUUAAAGAUUGAAGGGUCGGAUCUUUGACCUCAUGAAGUGAGUGUAUUGACUGAGAUAUCGGCAGAGAAACAUGGUUUGAUAUAAGAAGAGCAUAGUAUUUUACAGGUCAUUUAAGAUCUUUGCAGUUGAUUUCUCUUGUUAGGUGCAAAGAAAUAACUAGCAUUACAAAAAAAACUCCUAAAGAGAGAAACACAUCUGUCUGGCCUCACUGAGGUCCUGUACUGAGAUUGAAUGAUUGUCACUGACUUAGUCUUCUUUGAUUGAUUUUCUUGACUGGUGAAACACAGAUCAGAGAUGAUAUUUUUGUAUGUGUAGUUGUAAAUGCUGAAUUUUGUUUUUUGAGGUUGAGAUCUUGUGUCGAGUCCUGCAGAUGCACAACCUUAAACUCAGGAAGAAAUCAUGUGUCUGUAUGAAAUAAAUGUCACCAUGGUCAUAUAGUAUGUGCAGCCCUGGAAUGCUCAUGUUAAAGGGAUAGUACAGCCAAAAAAAUCAGCUUCACUGCUGCUGGGAUGCAUACAGGAUGGAUUAGCAUUUACACCUCAAAUGUGAUGUGGACACAUACAUUUUUGACCACAUUCAUAUGUGCUUUUUGUGAUUCUAUCACAUAACAUUUUAGACCUCUAUUUAGGGCUGACCACAUGUGAUCGGAUCACCCGAAAUGCAUCUUAAUACCAGGUGGAAAUAGUCACCACUUACUUUUAUUAUAUGGAAAAAGAUGCAAUGAAAGUGAAUGAGUUUGGAACAACAUUAGAGCAAGUAAAUGAUACAAUUCUAAUGUUUUGGACUAACUAUUUCAUUAAUGCAAGUAAAGUGUUUUUUUGUUUUUGUUUUAUUGUCCAUGUCAGAGAUUAACCAGAGAUUUCAAGGUCAGAUUUUUUUCAUGUUUGUAACGCAUUCAGAGUAAAAAAGUUGCUGCAUGCACUUUGAAUUUGUCUCUAAAAGGGAAUAGAGCAGAUUUUGUAAAACACAACAUUCACCUAAAACAUUAGUGAACUACAACUCUUAUAUGUAGCUCUUUGAGUUGUUGUCAUGAAUAUGUUUGUCAGGUUGAAGUGGCCUGACACAGAGAAACGUAUUAGUCAAAUUCAUCAGGGUACACAUUCUAUAAUAACUAGAGAUUAUAUAUUUAUACAAGCUAUAAUCUAACGCUGCCUUUGUAAGUGCAUGAAGUUUUGUACAUUGAAACUGACCUUAUUUUUAAUGCAAAAUCUUUUGUGCUAAUGGUCCUUUUAAAUUCAUAUUUUAUAAGCAAACAUGUAUGUAGCCGAACAGUUUUCAAAUAAAGUUUUCUGUUCUGUUCAUCA